GUCAGGUAAACUUCCGUUUUCAGUCUGACGCCAUCACAAAAUCGUGCUUUUGGUAUGAUUUCAUUGGUGAAGUGUAGUAGUUUACAGUGCACGAAUUUGGCAGCCUAAUUGAAGUUAUUUGAGUAUUUCCAGGUUUCUUUCGCUGGUGAUAUGAGCGACCGAGACGAAAGCCAUUCGUUACCACCCCAUAAACAGAUGAACGACCACUCACCACACGCAAAGCGAGACGAAUCUCCAAGAAAUCACAAAGGCAAGAGUUACUCAAGGAGCCCUAGCCAUUCUCGUAAAAUGUAUAGGGAAGGGGAACGUGAUAGAGAAAGGAGAGGUGGAAGAGAUGACAGAGACAGAAAGUACAGAUCGCGCAGUAGAUCACGUUCAGACAGACACUACAAAACUUCAAAAUAUUCUCGUAGUAGGUCACGUUCUCAUUCUCGUGGCAAAGGUUACAGUCGCAGAUCUCAUUCUCACAGUCCUAUGUCAAGUAGAAGACGACACCUCGGUACCCGGGACAAUCCCAAACCGUCACGAUGCUUGGGCGUUUUCGGUUUAAGUGUCUACACAACAGAGGAGGAGUUGUACCACAUUUUCUCAAAAUAUGGUCCUGUCGAACGAGUACAAGUAGUUAUUGAUGCUAAGACUGGUAGAUCAAGGGGCUUCUCUUUUGUAUAUUUCGAGAACACAGACGAUGCAAAGGUAGCCAAAGACCAAUGCAAUGGAAUUAAAAUCAAUGGUAAAAGUAUAAGAGUUGAUUUCUCCAUAACCGAAAGAGCACACACCCCAACACCUGGGAUUUAUAUGGGAAAACCAACAUAUGAGCGUUGGGACCGCAGAAGAGACCGCGAUAGAGAUAGAGAUGAUUAUUACUACCGUUCUUCUAGAUACCGCAGAUCCCCAUCGCCAUAUUAUCGUCGCAGUAGGCGUUACGAUCGUUCCCGUUCCAGAUCUUAUUCUCCACAAACGUUUAAAUAAAACGUUAGUAAAGAAACAAUGGGUGGUAUGCAUAAAGUUAAAUCCAUGGUAUAGUCUCCAUUUUUAAAAUACCCACUACAUUUGAAAUACAUAAAGAUGUAAAUAGAAUCUUAAACUGUAUUUUCUUGAGGAUCUGUUCACUCAUUCGAGUCCUGACCCAGAUUUUUGUAUACGUAAAUGAUUGUAUUUGCUCACACUGAAGAGUAUAAUCUCAGCUAUCGCACAUAUAAAUACCAAUUUUUUGUAAAGUUUACUACCAUUUUUGAAAAUAUACGUGCAAAUAUAAAUUUUACUUAGGGAUAAAGAGCGAGUAGAUCUUUAAGAAUAUAGUGUAAAAACUCACAUGUCUGAGAUUCUAUUCACAUUUUUAAGCUUUUCAAAUGGAAUGGCUACUAUAAAAAUGUGACACUAUAUACAUAACAAAUAUCUUUAAAUUCUGAUUUUGAAUUUAUUAAUGCGUACAUUCGUAAGCAGUGUUUUAUUAAUUUGAUUGGCGUAUUUAUAGAGGAUGAUAAUUUUGAUUGAUUUUGUCUAACUGUAAAUUUACAAAGGAAUCAUAAAAGUUGUAAAGUACCUAAUUAAUAUCACUAGGUUCUAAUGCACAAUAAGCAAUUUCAAACGUAUAAAACUAAAAAGUUUUGUAUGGAAUGGUUUUUUGAAUGUGUGAAUUCAUACGUAGUAUGAAAUAAGGUUUUAUUGUGUUAAUAUGAUAUUGUGCAAUUUAUAAAGUUGUUUAAACAAUGCGAAUACACUGAAUACUGGGCUGUCAAGAAUUUUGUUAGCUAGAAGAUUUUACAUUUUUAUAUAAGAAGUACUGUCAUUAAAUAAACAGGCCAAUCAACCUUUGUCGAAUUUCUGUAUGUUUAAGAUAACAAAAUAAUAAGUUACUUUUUAAAUAUUACUUUUAUUUACGAAUUGGCUAUUUUUAUUUUAUGACACUGGAUUUGUAUUUUUUUUUUAGAAAUAUCUACAUUAAAUAAUUUUGUAUAAUGUAGCACAGUUUAAAAGUUCGAAUACUUUGGUAAUCGUUUUUCUUCAUUUAUCGUUAGUUAGUAGAAUGAUGCACGCUAUUAUUACAUUUUCUUGAAAGUGGAACUCUUUGUUAAUAUGUUUUUAUUCUAAUCCUAAUUUCAGGUCGUUAUUAAAACAAAUCUCGCCCUGGACACGCGACGUCAUAAAUAUUGAAUGGAUAUUUAGUUUUUAGAUUAAUAGUUUAUAGUUAUCAUUGCGAAGGAGUUUUCACACACUGACGCGUAUCGAGAUGUACGAAAAAAUUAAUGUGUAAGGACUUCUUCGUUGAAUAUGUUUCUCCUUUUGUACACUUUUUAAGUUUUUGAUUUUCCUUGUUUUGGCACACAGAAAAAAGGUGAUCGAACACAAUAGCGUUAACAGCUGUUUGAAAAUCUUUUUCCUGCACCAACAAAGAAAAAAAUUCGUUAUUAAAAAUUACGAUUAAUAUCCUAUUUAUUAUAUUAAUAAUUUGUGUACAACUCAGCUUUUAAUCGGUUCCAGCCCAGAUCGACGAUUAGGACUGUUGUUUAUUCUUUUUAUUUGAUUUUGUACGUCGUGUAUAAAAGUUCUAGAUGUUGAAAAAGUAUUUCUUUUUUUAAAAAACAAAAUCGAGUCUUGUGAUUUAAUGAUUGAACAUUUGACUAAUUACAAUUAGUAAUAGUGAUAAACUUAAUGUUAGUUGUAAUAAAUUUCAUUACAUGACUAA